UAAACAUUGGCAAAAAUUCAGUUCAGGUUCCUGCGUCGUAUGAGGUGGGCGGAAAAUAAAAUUCUUCUUGGUUUUUGCGGCAAAGAAAUUAGUCUAUCAGCCCGGUGAUCCCGGACAUCCGCUAUGGGUUACCGGGGCAUCCCGGGCCUCCUGGCUGCUUUCCUCUGCCUCCUGUACUUAGCGGUGGGGUCGGCUAGGGAACCCCCCUUCGGCACUUCAGAGAGGUGCAAUGUGGCCCCUCCCUGGUCCCUUCGGCAUGCUAACCAAUGGCGACAGCCCAUGCUGGAGAACCGUGGACAAGUGACGGUGGUGGCGCUGUUACAAGCCAGCUGAGGUUUCUGCCUGACGCAGGCCUACUAUCUGGAGGACAUGCGCAGGCAGUACAUAUCUCGAUACAACAUAACCGAUAUCAAUUUUAUCGUCAUCAAUGCUGGCGACAUCCGAUCGCGUCUCAGCCAUCACAGGCUCCGUAGUCUGGGUUCGUACGAUCUCUAUCAGGAUUAUGCACCCCUGUCACACUCAGAAACAUCCCAGUCACACCCAGGAACCUCGCAGUCACAUCAGGAUGAUAGUGUAUGGAAUCUUCUGAAUGGAGAAAAGGAUGAUUUCUUGAUAUAUGACAGGUGUGGCCAGUUAACCUAUCACAUCCCCUUGCCCUACUCCGCUCUGAGGUAUCCCUUCGUUCAGAUUGCCAUUGAGUCCACCUACACUGGCAGACACCCUUGUAACUGCUCUGCGGAUUACCCAACUACCACGGUAACACCUAGUACAGAACAGACUAAAACGACAUCUCCCUCGUCUUCACCGCCUGUCGUAGUGGGGCCAGAUACCCAGCUCUGAAGCGAAGCAGAGCUUACAGCAUGCCAAGAGAGACAGCAACAACAGCAACUGAUGGAGCAGGAAGAAGGCGUCACCAACGACAGACAAAGGUGAUGCUGAUGCUGAUCGGGAGAGGUGCGCCUGGUUUCAUGACGUCCUCUCGCUGGGGUAUCAUCCCAGCUGAGUCGGAUCCAUGGAUCAAGGUGAUGCUGA